GUUCCAAAUAGUCCAAGGAGCUGGUUAGAGGUAAGAUGUUACAGAAAAACAUAACACAGAGCUGGUUAGAGACUGGCCAUACCUGUGGCAUGAUGAUGACAAUCUUCCAGAUUUAAAGUUUUACAAGGGCUAAGAACAGAGUCAGAUGGGCAAGACUUCACAGAGGAAGCAAUGUGACUGUGAGAACCCAUCAAAACCUUGUUUAAGUACCUCAAUCCCCUUGAGGUUGUCUAGUUAUACGUUCAAGAGGCCAGUCACUAAAAUCACAUCCCAUCUGGGCAAUGAGGUAAGAUACUAUCAGUGGGAGGAGACCUUGGAGAAGCCGGAACAAGCCUGCUGGCAGAAGAGACUUCAAGGACUCCAGGCCUACAGCAGUACAGGAGAACUUUUGAACACUUCAGACAUUGCCAAGGCUUUGCAAGACCUCACACCUAAAGACACAGAUGCCUCUGCUUCAGCCACGCAAGCCAACAGCAUUGACCCCAGGCCCAUGCCCACCCUUGAGUCAUCUUCACAUUUGUCGAAGAUGAUUCCAGAAGCAGGCCCACAGAUUGUUUGCAAAGAAUUUCUGGUCACUGAAGAGGAUAUUGUCAACCAGGAAAGGAAAGUGCAAAUAGCAAGAGAAAGACUGGCAGUGGCGUUGAUUGCACACAAGCUAGCAAAUGAGGUGGAGAAAAUGAAGGGGUCAAGGAAGACAAACUUAUAAACAUGAUGGGGGCAAGGCUGGGGAGAAGACACUGCAGAUGAAACGGGGCAUGGCUUUGUUUUAACAGCUCCUUGCAGUGUCUUUUAUUUUGAGACCUUGAAACGUUAAACUUAACAAUACUUUAUUAAAAGUCUUUGUGCCAUGCAAAAA